AUGCUUAUUCCUAAGGCCGACCGCAAGGCGAUCCACGAGGCUCUCUUCCGUGAGGGAGUUCUCGUGGCCCAGAAGGACUACAACCUUCCUGAGCACCCCGAGAUUCCCGUCAAGAACCUGUAUGUCAUCAAGGCUAUGCAGUCUCUGAACAGCCGUGGCUACGUCAAGACUCAGUUCUCUUGGCAAUACUACUACUACACCCUGACCCCCGAGGGUCUCGACUACCUGCGCGAGUGGCUCCACCUCCCCGCCGAGAUCGUUCCUGCCACCCACAUCAAGCAGCAGCGCUCUCACGCUCCUCCUCGUGGCAUGCUCGGAGAAGAGGAGCGCCGCCGACCUUUUGGUCGUGGCCGUGGCGACCGUGGUGACCGUGAGGGCGGCUACCGCCGCCGCGAUGCUGGUGAGGGCAAGGAGGGUGGUGCCCCUGGCGAGUUCAACCCUCAGUUGUAA